GCGUAGCUCCAAUGCUACUCCUCCCACAGCGGUCCAAUGAUGAACCAGCAGGAAGGUGGCGCAUGUGGUUGCCUUUUGCGCUUCAGACACGAGUAAUGAACAGACAGAGCGCCUUUAUUUUUGUAUGUAAAUGCCUGAGCUUUGACCAGACUCGGCGUUUUGACAGGUGAAUGUUGUAGCUAGGUGGCCUUUGCAGAAUGGGCUUGUUUCUGUACCUGGCUGGACCUGUCAGUCCCACCGAGACAAUCAUCGUGGACGAGGUGCAGCGAUGUGAGGGAGCGAAUAACCAAAGCUACGUGUGUGAGUCGGGUCACUGCUGCGGAGAGUCUCAGUGUUGCAGCUAUUACUACGAGCUGUGGUGGUUCUGGUUAGUCUGGGCCAUCAUCUUCAUCCUAAGCUGCUGCUGUGUGUGUCAUCACCGUCGCACCAAACACAGACUGCAGCAGCAACAGCGGCAGCAUGAGAUCAACCUCAUCGCCUACAGAGAGGCUCACAACUACACUUCACCGCCGUUCUACUUCAGAUUUCUGCCCAACUAUCUUCUUCCCGAGUACGAAGAGGUGAUGAAUCGUCCUGCUACCCCACCUCCCCCUUAUAGUGCCUUAAAUGCUGGACCCCCACCAUGUACCGCUGCUGACCAGCAGGAGGCGCACUGCCCAUCCAGACAAGCCACUCCAGUGCCCCCUGUGUCAGAGACACUGUGCUCUAGAGCCAACAUAGAGGAGUUCCACACCUCCGGAGUGGGAGUGUAUCACCAUAAAGACAACAGCAAGGUCCAGACCCUGGAGGAGAUGUCCAGUGUGGAGAAGCAGGAUAUGGGCAGGAAGGGUCAGCUAAGGGAGGGCGAGGAGAAGGAGAGGAAUGCGGGGAGACGACGUCGCUUCACCGGGGACUCUGGGAUCGAGGUGUGUGUGUGUGGGAGAGGCCACAGUUCCAAAGAGUUGGAAGGUCUGUUGAGCGAGGAAGGCCAAGAUGAUUUUGUGGAAUUCUGCGAGGGGUGUGGCCACCAUUCCUAUGGGGAUGAGGAGCAGGGGGCGGAGCAUGGAGCAUCACCUCAUCCAGUGUGCCUGAAUUUGCAAACCAUUAAUGAACUGGAUGGGCCUCACCAUGGAGACACGGAAUCCCAAAGCUGAGGGUGAUGGUACCAGAUGAGGAAGAAGUGAAGAACAGGAAAUUUGCUAGAGAUAAAGACUUACUAGAGAGAAGAACCUUUAGAGAGAAGACUUGCUGGAGAGAAGAACUUGCUAGAGGAAAGACUUGCUAGAGAGAACUGUUGCUAAAAAUUAAAACUCACAAGAUAGACUUAUAAGAGGGAGGUCUUGCUGGGGUGAUGAACUUGACAGAGAGAAAGACUUGCAAGAAAAAAGUCUCGCUAGAAAGAAGACUUACUAGACACUUACUAAAACUGGGCUAUGUCUAUGUCUCUCUUCUUAUUUGAACAGUCUAUAUAUGUGUAUAAGCAUACUGACAAUCAGACUUAAGUCUUAUAAGGUGCCUACUUUCAUUAUGACAGCUUUGGUUGAUGUGUGUAACCACAUUUCUUCAGCAGUCGUAACAUAUCAAGGGUGUAAUUGGAGGCUGCAGGUCUGCAUCUUUACUUUGAUUUCUCUCUGAGAUUAUUUGUUGCCUGGUGUCCGUCAUGGGCAACUUUCUCUGUGAAAAUAUACCAAAAAAUGGACAGUGACUUAAAUCUGAGCUAAUGAACUGACUCUCAGGUGAGAUCACACAACUGCUGGUAAGACUUUUACCAAGACAUCAGUAGAAGUGUUAUGUUUAAUAUAUAGCAAAUCGCAUAUGUGCAAAUCUCAAUUGCAAAAACGUCAGGACAGUAGUGUGUGAAAUGCUAACAAAAACAGAAAGCAGUAAAAAUUCAGUUUAAUCUGUGUUAAAUUGAAAACAGAAAACAUGAUAUCUGAUGUUUUACCUUAUGAACGUUACUGUUUUUUGUAAAUAUACAUUCAUUCCAAAUUUGAUGACUGCAACACGUUUCAAAAUUUUUGGGACAGGAGCAUGUUUACCACUGCGUUACUUCAUCUUGGAAGAUGGUGGCGCAUGCAGACACUUUGGCUUGGUGUUCGCAGUCCAUACCUUGUUUUUCUAUUAAUGCUGGUCUCUGAGAAUUACCAAACAAAAUUUAAUUGUAUGUGUACAAUAACAGAGUGUCUUUCCUCUUACCUUUCCUUUUAAUAACACUUAAUACUCUUUUGAGCAUUCCUGUAUAUUACAAGCAGUCAGCUGUGAAGCCAUACAGGGCCUUCACUGAUGUAUAUUACUCUUCAUAGUGCACAACAGACUUUCAGUGGGAGACAGGUCAGGACUGCAGGCAAACCAGUCUAGCACCUGCACCCUCUGAUUAUGCAACCAUGCUCAUGUAACACAUGCAGUGUUUGAUGGCAUUGUCAUGUUAUAAUAAGCAUGAACGUCCCUGAAAAAGACGUUGUCUAGAAGGCAGUACAACACUGCUGUCAGGAACAAAACCUUGAAUCUCCAUUUUUGCCAAUUUUCAGUUUUUUUUUACACAAUCUGAAAAUGCCUGUUGCCCUUUACAUUGUGUGUAAAUUUAAUGAAGCACGGACCAAAAGUAAUGGCCUAAAAUGACUUGGAAAAAAGUCUGGUUCCAUUGACUUACAUUAAAAGUAAAGUAUGUUUUUUUUUCCUUCUCCUGUAAAGUUAACUGAAAGGUUGACUCAGACCACUGUCUACUGUGUAUCAGUCCACUUCAGAAAAGUCAGCCGCAUUUCUGAACAUUUUUUACAUAACGUUUUUUUUUUCCUUAAUCUUUUAGUUGAGUGAUCCGCACAAGAAAUCCUAUAUACAUUGUGCAAACAGCAAUUAAAGAGUCUUAUCUUAGAUUGUUAAUUUAUGUCAUCUGCUGUGCAUAGUACAGUCUUAACUUGCAUUUGUGCAUUCACAAACAAUGUUUAUUGACAGUUGUUGGUCAGAAUGUUCCUGAGCCCAUGUGCUAAUAUUCAUUAUCCAAGCAUGCUGGUUUUUAAUGCAGUGCCAAGGGAUUGAAGGUCAUGGGCGUUCAGUUGCCAUUUACGCACAGAGAUUUCUCUGGAUUCUGAAUCUUUUGAUAUUGUGCCCACCGUAAAAGGGCGAAAUACCUAAAAUCCUUGCAUUCGCACAACUGUUCUUAAAACUGUUGGAUUAUUCACUUUUUUGCCCAAAGGUGACCUGCCUUCACCCAUCUUUGCUCACAAAGGACUAGUUUCCGUUUCCGGAUGCUCCUUUAUGCUCUUCGCCGAUUUAAGAUGAUGUUUGACCAUUUCCUAACUUUCCAAGUCUUAAAUUGUCCUAACUUUCUUGGCAUGUGUUACAAGCAUCAAUUUCAGAAUGAGUGUUCAUUAACAAAAAACAUAGCUGAUAAGGUAAAACAUUAAAUAUCUUGUCUAUGUACUGUUUUCAUUUAACAGUUUCACAAAUCACUGCAUUCUGUAUCUGUCUGAUUUUCACAUACGGCGUCAGCUUUUUUAGGAUUGAGGAUUGUAAGAUAAGCCAGCAUUACUAUGGCUAUCAGCACUGGCAAUUCCAGUGAUACUAACUGAUUUUGCUCAGCUAAUUCUUUAUUAGGGCUAGUUUUAGUACGUCAGGCCCAAUUUGUAACUCAGCAAUGACUAAUGACAUUUUAUGACUGAGGCUUCUUUGCUUUAAAGCAAUACUGCCUACGUCUGAUCUCUCUCUCCAUCUGCAGUACCUGCCAACUGGCUUCUAUUAUAACAUUUUUAAGUGAAUGGUUUUUGUUCUAACACAUUGAACUGUCUGUGGUGACUGACUGUAUAUUACAGAUGCAUUGAAUCGAGAUUAGAAUGAAAAAUAAUGGAGUAUUCUGUCAAUCGAAGUAAACAUCUGCUUUAGAUUAAGUGAGUAGAAAGCAAAGUGCCUUUAUAGGUGUUGUGCUGCCUGUUUUGCACAUCUGAAUUCUACUUAAUUCUCAAAGCACACAAAAACACAUUUAUAACAAAAGUAUCAAAGCUACUGUCUUAACACUUAGUGAAUAGAUUGUUUUUAAUUAUGCUCUUUGUUUUCGCGUUAAACACUCAGGCAACUGAAUCUGUUCUAUAACUAGAACCAAAAAUUCAAACAAACUUCAGGUGGUUAAACUUCAGUCCCUUUGAGUGAUCUUGUCCUCAUAUGGAAAUGCUGUUCCAAUUUACAAGGUUCAAAAUAUGAGGACCGAGGGAUCCAGACACUAGUUCUAACGAGUGAAUUCAGCUACUUUAAGGUGCCUCCACUGCUGACCCAGGCGUUCAGUUAUGCACACACAGCUUGUAUAAUCUCCACAGAAAAGCUUAGACGCUGUGGGGGAGAACAUUCUCACUGUUCUAGAAUGUUCUCUAUCCAUAGACAUGCUCUAGAAUGUUUUACUUCAUAGAGGAUGUUGUUCUACAUUGUCUUCCUAAAUCACACUGUUCUAGAAUGCUCUCUCCCUAUUCACCAUGUUCUGGAAUGUUUUUCCCAUUUACACUGUUCUAAAAAGUUCUCUGCUCAUUCAGGAUGUUCUAAAGUGUUCUCCCCCAUUUCACACUAUUAUAGAAUAUUCUGCCAAUCACACAGUUCUAGAAUGUUCUCUACCCAUUCACACUGUGCCAAAGUGUUACCCCCCCCCAUUCACACUGUUCUAGAAUGUUGUCUGCACCUUUAUGCUGUUCAAGGAUAUUCUGCCCAUCCACACUGUUCUAACUGUUAUAAAAUGCUCUUAUCCGUUUGUACUGUUCUAGAAUGUUCUCUAUACAUUCACACUGUUCUAGAAUGUUAUCCCCUAUUCACACCGUUCUAGAAUGUUGUCUGCACCUUCCUGCUGUUCAAGAAUAUUCUGCCCAUCCACACUGUUCUGUUAUAAAAUUUUCUUAUCUGUUUACACUGUUCUAGAACGUUCUCUACACAUUCACACUGUUCUAGAAUGUUAUCCCCACUUCACACUGUUCUAGAAUGUUCUCUGCACAUUCAAACUGUUCUAGAAUAUUCUGCCUCUCCACACUGUUCAAAAAUGUUCUAAUCCAUCCACACUGUUCUAGAAUGACCCCACACCCUGAUCACUCUAAUUAAUUUGGCUUGUCACUGUAAUUCUGGAACAAUAUAAAGUAUUAGAACGUGGAGAGAAUGUUGGGUCAGUUGGGUCACUCCAAAAAUGCUGUUGACAUAAGAUUAUACUCCCAAACACUACACCCACUAGCAUACUCAAACUUGAGAAGAAAGUGUAACUUUGAAGGUGGUCUUCUUAUGGUCUUAAUAAAUAACACAUGUACAACCCAUUUCAAAUAAAUUAUGGACAUAAGAAAUAUA